AUGGAGAGCACCUUCAUCAUGAUCAAGCCUGACGGCGUCCAGAGGGGCCUCAUUGGUGAGAUCAUCAGCCGUUUCGAGAAGAAGGGCUUCUACCUCAAGGCCUUGAAGCUUGUGAACGUGGAGAGGUCGUUCGCCGAGAAGCACUACGCUGAUCUGUCCUCCAAGCCCUUCUUCCAGGGCCUCGUGGACUACAUCAUCUCUGGCCCUGUGGUGGCCAUGGUCUGGGAGGGCAAGAGCGUCGUCACAACUGGCCGCAAGAUCAUCGGCGCCACCAACCCCCUGGCUUCUGAGCCCGGCACCAUCCGUGGUGACUUCGCUGUCGACAUUGGCAGGAAUGUCAUUCAUGGAAGCGACAGCAUUGAGAGUGCUAACAAGGAGAUUGCCCUGUGGUUCCCCGAGGGCCUCGCUGAUUGGCAGAGCAGCCAGCACCCUUGGAUCUACGAGAAGUAA